GCGUUCUCAUAACACACUGCUGGACGGGACAUAUUUCUAAACAACUUAAGACCAUACAGCAAUCCAGAAAUUACUUGACAAAGAUGAUAACAGGAAUGUUGGCGCCUGUGGUAGGAAGACGUGUGAUGAUUUCACGGCUUUGUAGUACUAAGUACGGUGAACGUUUGCCUACAGUAUUAGAUCCAUUUUGCAGACUCGCGGGUCCCGUGCCUGUGCCUCGGCGGGCCUUCACUUGGAAUAUGGAGGGAAGCCACGGGCUUCUCAUACGCCGAGGGAGAAAAGAAGACAUCCCUGGGGUAUGGAAACUGACAGAGGAAGCCACGUGGAAUACACAUCAAGACAUGAUUGAGACCUAUUUUAAAAUAAGUGAAAAAGGCUGGAUUAUCGCAGAAAAGGACGGAAAAGCAGUGGGUUGCAUUCUGGCUCAUGACUUUAAUGAUGACCUGACUACAGUGGGCCACUUCAUAGUGUCGUCGAAAAUGCGGAAGCACGGUGUUGGGGCACAAAUUAUAAAAACAUUUUUAGAAGAAUAUGGCGACAGAAAUAUUCAUUUUAAUUCCAUUUCCUAUAUGACAGAUACAUAUGAAAGAUACAUUGGCUCUCCGCUCCUUAAAGGAGACGUGCUAGGAAAAUAUUUCGGCGUCUUCAAAAACUUCCCACUGCCAUCGGAUGCAGAACGCAAAUACCAUAUAUCUGACGUGAGGCAUAUUGACCAGUCGGAUCUCAUUGAUUAUGAUACGUCAUAUCACGUGAUACCAAGACCAGAAAUGCUGAAGUUAUGGCUUGGCCAAACGACGGCAGAAUCACUCGUCUUGUUGGAGAAGGGAAAGAUAGUCGGGUACGGAUCAAUUAGGCCAGCUAGGAACGGUUUCUACCUUGGACCCCUCUAUGCAGAAGAUACGAUCGGAACCAUGGUUCUCUUCAAGGCUCUGGUAGACCUCAUUCCACGAGAUUCCAACGUUGAUUUUUUUCUGCCCCAUGCGAACGAAGCAGGUCGACUGAUUCUGAAGGCCAACAAAAACACUGUAGGCUUGUACGCCACUUUUCACAAAUGUUUUACGAAAAGUUAUAUCCUAUUGCCAAAGUGGAAUAAUGUAUUUGCAGUACUCUUUAACGAGUGCGGAUUGUGCUAAGAUAAUGCUAAAAUUUU